AGCCAGCCAAAGGCGGCGCCGCGGCCGCGCCAGCUUUUAGCGGGCCUGCGCACGUCUGGUGAGCAGACGCCUUAGUAGUGCCCCGCUCACGCAUCUCAAGCUGAUACGCAAGCGUUGCAAUCGCACAACAACACCAAAAGCCCAAAAGCACACCUCGCCGUCCACAGCCAGCAUCGCCGCGCAGCAUGGCCUCCUACGCCUUCGACGAGUUCGGCAACAUGAUCGGCGGCGAGUCGUCGGAGGACGAGGCCGAGCCGCUGCCGCCCGCCGACGAGGAGGAGCUAAGUGUGGCCCCGAUGGAGACAGAUGAACCCGAAGAGGAAUCUAGAGCAAUAACACUACACGAGGACAAGCAGUACUACCCCGAAGCCUCGGAAGUCUACGGCGAGAAGGUCAAGACCGUCGUCCUCGACGAGGACGCGCAACCAAUCACGGAGCCAAUCCUCAAGCCCGCUACCGUAAAAACGUUUUCCGUGCUGGACAACACCGGUGCUCCUGCUACUGCGGGGUAUACUACACAAUUCCUGAAGGGGUUGUUAGAUGCUCCUAGGUUAAUUAGGAACGCGUGUUUACUUGGUUCGUUGCACUGCGGCAAGACGUCUUUGAUGGAUGUCCUUGUAGAACGAGCACAUAACGCGGAGUGGGACCCGUCGAAGACGAUUAGAUACUCAGAUACGCGCAAAGACGAGCAGGAAAGACAGUUAUCCAUAAAAAUGGCUCCGGUAUCACUGGUGCUACCGGAUUCGAGAGGAAAACACUUCGCCUUACACUUAACGGACUGCCCCGGCCACGCGAACUUCUCCGACGAGGGUACGUGUGCGCUGAGGGCAGCAGACUGUGCCGUGAUAGUUGUCGACGCGGUCGAGGGGUGCAUCGGCCAGACGGAGCGCUGCAUCGCCCACGCCAUCGAACAUAAGGCAGCUUUGACUUUGGUGAUCAACAAGGUCGACCGACUCAUCGUGGAGCUGAAGCUACCGCCGACCGACGCGUACUUUAAGCUCUGCCACACGCUCGACGACGUGAAUGCGAAAAUUGCCGAGGCCUGGGACGCGGCGGCUCUGCGGUUGGACCUCGAGGGUGACGCGCCGCGCUUGUCACCCGUUGAUGGGAAUGUGCUCUUCGCCUCAGCACAACAUGGCUGGAUUUUCAGUCUGGAGUCGUUCGCGUCCGUGUAUGCUGAAAAGUCGAAAGUAGACCCUGCACAACUAGCUAAAAGGUUGUGGGGCGAUCGUUAUUUUGAUUCUAGCACUGGUCAGUUCGCGAAGAGACCUCCUACAGAAGGGCGCAAUGUCCGUUCGUUCGUGGCGUUUGUCCUGGAGCCCUUGUACAAGAUCUACUCCCACGUGCUCGGCGAGGAGCCGGCCACGCUCAAAGAGGCUUUAUUGGAGGUCGGGGUCAAGAUGUCCAAGGAAGACCUAGCUCUCGAUCCUCGGCCACUGUUGAAAUGUGCGUGUAGAAGGUUUUUCAGAGACAGGGCGGCGCCGUCGUUUGUCGAUUUGUUGUCGCAGUGGGGCCCCUGUCCCUUGGAUCGUAACAGUACAAAAGUGAAGCAGCACUACGCUCUAUUAUCAGGUCCAAGGUUCGACAGUAUGUGUCUCGGGGACGCGAACGGCCCGUUAUGCGUCCAUGUCGUAAAAUUACUGUCGACGCCGGACGCCAAGGACUUUGUUGCGUAUGGUCGAGUGUAUUCUGGCAGAAUCAAAGCUGGUAAUAGGGUACGUGUGCUCGGCGAGGCCUAUUCACCAGAAGAUCCUGAAGAUCAAAGACCGUGUAUCGUGCAGGGCGUCGGCGUGUGUCAUGGCAGACAUGUGACGGAAGUGUUGGAGGCGGGCCCUGGCAACUGCGUCGUGCUGGAAGGCGUCGGGCAGCACGUCGCGAAAACGGCCACUAUCGUCGACGAUUCAAGUGACGACCCCUGCGCCAUCUUCGAGCCGCCGCGCUUCGACGACCAGGCCAUCGUCAAGCUCGCCGUCGAGCCGCUGAACCCCGCGGAGCUCCCGAAGAUGACGGAAGGCCUGCGGAAGAUCUCGAAGUCCUACCCCCUCGCGCGCACGAAGGUCGAGGAGUCGGGCGAGCAUGUGGUGGUCGGGACGGGCGAGUUGUACCUCGAUUGCGCGAUGCACGACCUCCGCGAGAUGUACUCGUCCGUCGAGAUCAAGGUCGCCGAUCCGGUGGUCGCGUUCUGCGAGACCGUCGUCGAAACGUCUUCCCUCAAAUGCUUCUCGGAGACGCCUAAUAAAAGAAACAAGCUCACGAUGAUCGCCGAGCCGCUCGAUGACGGUGUGGCUGAUGAUUUAGAAAGGGGCGACGUGAGAGCGGACUGGACCAAAAAACAGGUCGGGGCCCACUUCCGCGCGAAGUACGACUGGGACUUGUUAGCUGCUAGAUCGAUCUGGGCCUUCGGACCCGAUACCGUGUCCACCCAGUCGGGGGCGGGGUGCUCCAAUGUUUUACUAGAUGACACGCUACCCUCAGAGGUCGACAAAAAAUUACUCAAUGCGGCGCGCGAAUCGAUCGUGCAGGGCUUCCAGUGGGGUUGUAGGGAAGGGCCCUUAUGUGACGAACCUAUUCGGAAUGUCAAGUUUAAGAUCUUGGACGCGGCUAUUGCCGAUCAAGCACUACACAGAGGUGGCGGGCAGGUCAUACCGACCGCGCGACGAGUAUGCUACUCGGCAUUUCUGAUGGCGGCCCCGCGGCUCAUGGAACCUAUUUUGUCAGUAGACGUCCAGUGCCCGGCCGACUGCGUGCAGGCCGUGUAUCCCGUCCUCGCGCGGCGGCGGGGCCACAUCGUGCAGGACGCUCCCAAACCCGGGGCGCCGUUCUACACCGUCAAGGCGUUCCUGCCGGCGGUGGACUCCUUCGGCUUCGAGACAGAUCUGCGGGCCUUCACGCAGGGCCAGGCCAUGUGCUCGAGUCGCUUUGACCACUGGGCGGUAUGCCCAGGCGACCCCUUGGAUCGGUCCAUCAUCCUGCAUCCUUUGGAACCGUCGCCGCCGCCGCAUUUGGCGCGCGAGUUUAUGGUAAAGACUCGCAGACGCAAGGGGCUGUCCGAGGACGUGUCGAUCGCGAAGUUCUUCGAUGAUCCAAUGCUCAGACAGAUAGCUGAAGAAAACCCCAUUUCCUGAGUAAGUGUCGAGACUACUAGUACGGGG